AUGCAUACUCGCGCACCAGCGCACCACAACGUGCAGCAGAUCACCACCCAUUGCUCGAAAGCCCUCUUUGGAGUUGAUGCGAUAAUGACACCACUCGUUGAGGCGGUUACGGUACCUGCUCGUGCACCUGACAAGGGCACGGAGUGGACAGUGGACGAGCUAACUGGCGAGCGAGCGAUCAAAUUCCUGCUUACCGGAGUCCCAUUCAUGAGCUGCACUAUCGGCGUCAAGCGGAAUGCUCACCUGACUUGCCAGGCGACGUCACUCCAAGUCGCCCGCUCCAAGUUGGACUCGGAGUCCAAGUUGCCCGCUCCAGGUCGCCCGCAUCGUCCAGGGACACCGUCGGCGGCCACAAAGCCCCUGCCUUCCUGCUCCAGCAACGGGCCCAGCACACGCUCGCCAGGCGACCUCGCUAGCGCAUACGACCUGCCACCGGCAAAGAAGGCGCGUGCCGCACGGUAUCAAAACUACGUACCGGAAGAAGAGAGUACUGUCACGCACGCCGUUGUCACUGUCCCUGCAUACUUCAAUGAAGCUCAGUGCCAAGCCACGAAGGAUGCGGGCACCAUCGUCGGUCUCCAGGUCGUCCGUAUCAUCAACGAGCCCACGGCCGCUGCCAUCGCGUACGGUCUCGACAAGAAGGGCGGCGAAUCUCAAAUUAUCGUCUACGAUCUCGGUGGUGGAACCUUCGAUGUUUCGCUGCUCUCAAUCGACGACGGCGUCUUCGAGGUCUUGGCCACUGCUGGUGACACCCACCUCGGUGGUGAGGACUUUGACAACCGUGUGAUGGACUAUCUCAUCAAGCAGUACAAGAAGAAGACGGGGACCGAG